AUGGUUCGCUUCACUAGGUUCUUUAAGCCAUCAAAGGAAUCACAAGGGGAACCUAAAAGACCACUUUCAUCAGCUGCGCCUUCUGUUGAGAACCGUGUUGAGCACUCAACCGAAGAUGGCGAUAAAGCUUCAGUAACGAUUACAGAUGUUACAGCCAUGCAAAAUAGCACCUUUAAUAAUGCGAAAAGAAAUGUUUCAUUUAAAACCACGGUUUCGAUUGAAAAUGAAGAGAAUGGCCGCAAACUCAGUGUCCCUAAAAAUAGAGAGCGUGGGAAGAUUGAAGAGCCUACUACUAUGUCGAAUUGCGAAGUGUGUCAUAAAACCAAAAUGAAGAUCGACCCUGCAACACGAAAUUGUGAUCGAAGGCUCAAGAAUUGCGUUAAAUUCUUAACAAUGCGUGCUAAUGGCGAGCAUGUAGGGGAUUACCGUUUGCGAGACGGUGGCACACAUAAGUUGCCUAACAAGCUUCGAUCCUUGCGGAAAUUCUUGAGCAAACACUUCACUAUAAUAGAGAAGUCCGUUGCGAGAAAGAGGCCUGUCUCUCAAGUAUUGAGGCAACAUAUAGAUCAGAAUCUCACUGCGGAUUACUUAUUCGAAAUUCGAACUUUAAACCAAGACACUGAGAACGGAAAAAGGUGGCACUCAUAUUUCUGGGUUCCUAGAAAUUGGGAUCCAGACAGCCCAAAGCCAUGCUCUGGGAUAUGCAAUAAUCUCUUUUGGAGGUACUAUGGUGGACCUUUUGAAGUCUAUCCGGGACAUUUCUUUUGUCCAAUGGAUGAGAUCAGAAAUCGCCACAAUGCAUGCAGAACAGUGGAGGGCACAGCAGCUAUAAAAGACUUCCGUCUCCUUCAUAAUGUCGAUUCGAUUAAUGUUCACAUGAGAUGCCGAUGCACUAGAGGAGGAAAAAAUAGCCUUGACCAGAGCUGGAAUGUACGAUUAUAUCAGCGAAUGUCGGAAACAGAAAAGAGGAGGGAGAGAGAGGCGAGAGAUCUGGAAAGGUGGGCUGGUACCAAGUCUAAUGACAAUCGAAAGUCGGGGGCGAAGUUGAAGGAGAAUUAUGAGUCGAGCUCGUGGGCAAAUCCUGGUCUUCAAUUUGAUUCCUUAACAGAUGACACCAGACUAGUCAUUGAAGAAGCUGAUAGAACAGCGAAGAAGAGUAAGGAUAAGGAAGAUCAUACUAAGCCACUGGAAGGCGAGAAUGGCUUACCAAGAAUCAAGGAGGAGACCAACACAAAACCCCAGACUGAACUCGUGAGUAAUGUCAAAUUUUCAGGAAAUUUUAAUGAAAAUAUUGCAUUCGAUGAUUAUGGAGCUUCUCAGGCCAUCGGCUUAGAGGGAUCAGAAAGAAUCCGGGAACCACAACCUUCCGUAACUCAAGAUGAGAGCAUUUUAACAACUGGCUCUGGGACUGGUAGAGACAGAGAUGCAGACAGAGGAAAGCAAAUCCAAGAACCCCGAUCUUCAGAAGGUCAAGAUGAGAGGACUUUAGCUGCUGGCUCUGAGUCUCCUCAAAACGCCAUUCCAGAAUGGGCAAACGAAUUUAUGAACUGGCAUCAAGACGAGAUUACUUCAGGCACUCGACCUGUCUCUUCAGAAUAA